UUUGAAGCAUUAAUAAACGUGUAAGUCGGGGAUGAAAUGGAUGUCAAAUAAAUAGAUGGCGGCCAUCUUGUUGUGACUACGUUUGAUAAUGGCUCGGUAGGUGUAAUUUGAGGCUGAAUUGCGUUGAUAUUAAGAAAAAUUCGCAAUAUUACUUCAGUCGUGAAGUGUGAGGACGGAUUAAAAAGUGUGCAUCUGAGAGUUAUAAGCAGAAGCGAAACUAUGAUUUAAAAUGACUACGACGAGAGGAGAAAAAGGAAUGAAAGAGGAUGGAUGAAAGAGGAAGAAAAUCAAGGCAGGAUUUGAAUGAAAGAGGAUGGAUGAAAGAGGAAGAAAAACAAGGAAUGAAAGAGGAUGGAUUAAAGAGGAAGAAAAACAAGGCAGGAUUUGUAUUUCAUCGUUUGUUAAAAGCUCAUGCAGCAGAAGCUCGUAAUGUUGUUCGUCAAGCUCUUGCUAUCUUGACUCCAGCUGUACCUACAAGAAUGGAUGAUGGAAAUCAAAUGUUAGCCCACUGGACGAAAAAGAUUAUUGUUGAAGAUGGACAUACGUUACCUCAACUUGUUCACAUGCUACAGCUCCUAGUGCGUCAUUAUAAAGUUUACUAUCUUGUAAGAAAUCAUCUCAUUCAACACAUGAUCUCUGCAAUGCAGAAGCUUGGAUUUACCAGCAGUGCUACAAUAGAAAAUCGCAAACUUGCUGUUGAUCUGGCUAACGUUAUUAUUGAGUGGGAGAUAAGGCGAACGAAGGAAGAGCAAAAACAAGAUUCUACGGAGGUAAAUAUUUAUUUUAGCACGCUUUUUUACAAGUGGAAAGUGGAAGAAAAAGAAACUCCAACUGGAGCAGUGAAACGAAGUGCAGAGGAAACUGCUCAAAAUCAAGAAGCAAAAAAAGCAAAGAUAACAACACAGGUUUCUGUACCAAAAGACGGAAGUCUUUCAGCAUCUCUACGUGCUCCUGUUGAAAAACAUCAUGCUGAUGCUGUUGUCAAUUUUUUACUUCGAGUUGCUUGUCACGUGAACGAGUCGUCAACUACCGUGGGCUCUCCAGGAGAAGCGUUAUCAAAGAGAUGUGUUUUACUUUUGAAAACUGCUUUGAAGCCUGGGUUUUGGCAAGGGAGUGAUCUCAAGUUAGCGUGGCUUGAUAAAUUGUUCGUUACAUUGGAUCAAACUCCUGGAACAAAUUUCAAUAAUGUUUGCACUGGUUUGGAAGUUCUAACAUAUCUCCUUACAGUUGUGCCUCGUGAGCAUUGUCUACAAUUACUUAAACCAUUACAACGUGGUGUUGUGGCAUGUAUGACUUGUCAAAAUAUCAAAGUUAUCAGAGCUGUUCAUACAUUUUUAGUAAAAUUGACAAGUCUCUUUCCCCUUGAGUCAGCAACGAACACCGACAAAUACGAGGAGCUUGAGUUGUUAUAUACAAACCUUGGGAAGGUUAUUUAUGAAGGACUGAGUAAUUAUGCCAAGUAUGUUCGCUCGUUUGUUUUUGUGAAAAUUACUAAAGAAAUACAACUCUUUGUUCAAUGUCUGCCACACAAGUUGCUAGCUACAUCCACUCUUCAAGGUCCAUUGCUGUUUCUUAAAGCUGCAUUUUCGAGCUGCCCGUCUUACAUAGACAGGCUUAUCAAUCCGUGUAUAAGAGCUUUACAGAAAAUGCAUAAGGAUCAUAUUGGUGGAUCAUCAGUUGGUGAUAUGCUUAUAACAUGUGUUGAUCUUGUCAAGUCUCGUCUUUGUUCCAUGGAUGCAGAAGCAAGAAAAUUGUUCAUUUUCAUUCUUGCUCAACUUAUUGAGAAAUCGCCUGAUGCCAAAUUACUAAAAGGAAUAACUAAAGUUACGGAAGAAUGGAUCAAAGCUAGAGCUACACCGCAAAGCCCUACAUUAAGAGAGAAAGCCAUACUACUUUGUCGUAUGAUGCCUAAUUAUGAAAAACGUUUUCCUGAAGAUUUUGAACUUCAUGCACAAUAUCUUGAGCUCAUAAAUUACGUCUACAGGGACGAGAGUUUACUUGCUACAGAAUUAGUCGCUAAACUUGAGCCUGCAUUCAUGUCUGGACUGAAGUGUACUCAACCUCAGAUCAGGUCUCGCUUCAUGGAGAUAUUUGAUCUAACUGUCAGCAAGAAACUUUACGAACGUUUGUUGUACAUUUUCUGCUCACAGAAUUGGGAAUCAAUGAAAAGUCAUUUCUGGAUCAAACAAUGCAUUGAGUUACUUCUUGCUGCCGCCAUGUGUGAACGACGCUUGCAUUUGUCAAGUACUUUUAACAAAUUGCCUUCAUUGUUGAGCAUUUUGAAAAGAUCCAGCAAACAAGAAGCUAAAGAUUUAUUAAAAGCAUUGUCGAAAGAAAUUACAGUGUGUAAAGAAAAUGACUCAGAUCCUACGAAAGUAGAACCCAUGGCAGUAGGAUCUUCUGAGGAAAUGAACAUGUUAUUUGUACAGGAAUGCUCUGAGAAAAUCUACUCUCUCAUGGACGAUGAAUCAUACCUUGCUAAUCUUGCAUUCCCAAACCAUCGUGAUCUUGCUUUGAAGACAUUACUCAAAAGACAUCAUGAAUUUUUAACGGAACAAAAAAAUACAAAGUCAACGCCAUUUCUUGGAGCUUUGGCUCAGCUUUGUCACCGUGAUACAUCCCUUUCUCAUGAAGUAUGGACUUACCUUUUCCCUGAACUUUGGAAACUUCUCAACGAAAAACAACAGCAGAUUCUAGCGGGAGAGUUAAGUCCUUUUAUGUGCAGCGGUACAAACUGUGUUCAACUUGACAGUCAUCCUAGUGUUGUUCAUACAAUGCUUCAAGCAAUACUUCGUUGUGAACCUAUGAUUCCCAUGCGACCAUCCAUUCUUAAGUAUCUUGGCAAAUCUCACAAUCAAUGGCACCUAUCAACAUUAAUGCUUGAAGAUUAUGUUACUUUAUGUGAGGAAUACGUUAGUCCACCAUUACUUGACCCAUCGCCGUCUCUGGUGGAAAGUGUUUAUCAAGAAGAUGUUUCCGAUAUUAAUUCUCAGGAAACGUUAGAUUCUCUUGCUGAAAUGUAUUCACUAAUCAAUGAAGAAGAUAUGUGGGCUGGACUUUGGUUAAGAAGGGCUAGGUAUCCGGAAACUGCGACAGCAAUUGCAUAUGAAAAUCAGGGAUUUUUUGAGCAAGCACAAACAACUUACGAACUAGCUAUGACGAAAGCCCGCGACGCGCACAGUAGAAAUCCUGCAUCAGCUAAUGUUCUUCCAGAAUACAAACUUUGGGAAGAUCAUUGGAUAAAGUGUUCUCAAGAACUUGGUCAAUGGGAUCUUCUUAUGGAAUUUGGUAAAUCAAAAGGAAACAACAAUCCAUUCUUGGUUUUGGAAAGUGGUUGGCGAGUCCCUGAUUGGCCAUCGAUGAAGGAAGCUUUAGCUCAGGUUGAAAAGGGUUUUCCUGACUCUAUUUUAUACAAACACGAUCUUUAUCGAGCCUAUAUUGAAAUAUGCAAUUCCGAAGAUCAGCAGCAUCCAAAAGUGCUUCAACGUGAUGUGGAAAAAUUUGUUGAGAAUUCAUGUGCCCAGGCCAUACGGCUGUGGAAACGCUUACCAAGUAUUAUAUCACAGCAACACGUUCCUUUGUUGCAGGCUUCACAACAAAUUGUUGAACUGCUUGAAGCUUCUCAAAUCAGAACGGGAAUACAACCUCAAAGUAUUGGUCGGAAUAACAGUCUGCAUGACAUGAAAGCAAUUAUUAAGACCUGGAAGAACCGUUUACCGAUGAUAUCUGAUGGUUUAAGUCACUGGAGUGACAUAUUUCAUUGGCGACAUCAUCAUUACAAUGCUGUUGUUAGUGCUUAUGAAGCUCAAAAUGAUCAGACCAACCAUUCGAUGCAGGGUGUUCACGCAUCUGCGUGGUCAAUUAUUCGCUAUGGUCAAAUUGCAAGGAAACAAUCAUUAACUGGUGUUUGUUUGGAUUCACUUAGCAGAAUUCACACGAUCCCAAGUGUUCCAAUAAUUGAUUGUUUUCAAAAAAUCCGUCAACAAGUCAAAUGCUAUCUUCAGAUGGCUGGUACAAUGAGAAAACAAGAAUUGCAGGAGGGUCUUGACGUUAUCGAAAGCACAAAUUUAAAGUACUUUUCAAAGGAAAUGACCGCUGAAUUUUAUGCAUUAAAAGGAACUUUCUUAGCGCAGAUUGGACGAUCAGAGGAUGCAAAUAAAGCCUUCUCACAGGCCGUACAGAUGCAUGACAACUUGAUCAAAGGAUGGGCACUGUGGGGCGACUAUCUUGCUGCUAUAUUUCUGAAAGAAAGAACAAUGACACUGGGAGUUUAUGUUAUCAUUUGCUAUAUGCAAGCAUGUCGAAACCCUAACGAAGCAAAAUGUCGCAAGUAUCUCGCUCGUACUCUUUGGCUUCUUACCUAUGAUGAUGAAAAGGGUGUCCUUGGAGAAGCUUUGGAGAAGUACUGUGUUGGAGUGCCUCCUGUUCAUUGGUUACCAUGGAUUCCUCAGCUUCUCACUUGCUUAACGCGGAAAGAUGGAUUAAAAGUUUCAAACUUACUUCUUCAAAUUGGUCGAGUCCACGCACAGGCUGUUUAUUUCCCUAUCAGAACUUUGUAUCUUGCAUUAAAACUGGACCUCCUAGAAAAGUACAAACAUGAAAAUAACACAGGAGCAAAUAAAACCAGUAAACAAAGCUCAACGACAUCCACUACAAGUACAACUACAACUACAAUGACAACUGCUUCUAUAUUACCUACUUCCACAAUGAUUAACCCUACAGAUGAACAAAAUACCAAAGUUGAAGCCACCUUAUCUAUCUCAACAGUAACACAGAAUGCAACUAGCGUUAACAAGACCUCAAUGUCCCAGAGUUCAUCAGUUGACUCAACAAGCAGCUCAGAUAGCGCUUUAAAACCCAAUGAAUGUAACACUUCAACAACCUCUUCCAAUUCUGCUGCUUUACAAGGUCAGGGGGGAGGAGAACCAAUGCGUGUGACUCCUUCAAUGCGGUUAUGCAGUCGUAUAAUGCAUGCGUUACGUGACCUACAUCCUACUUUACUGGCUGCUCUUGAAGGCAUUGUUGAUCAGAUGACAUGGUUUCGUGAGUGCUGGCAUGAAGAAGUUUUAAGACAGUUACGUCAAGUACUUACAAAAUGUUAUCAAGUCGCUUUUCAAACAAGGACAGAUGUUUCCAAUGCGAAAGUGACACCUCACACGAUGAGUUAUGUGAAGAAGCUUGUCAGUACAUUUGGAAUGGGAUUUGAGUUAGGUGGUGCUACAUCGCAGCAAAGUGGCUCCACAGGUUCAGAGUCUCUUGCAAGACGAGCGCAUGCCACUGUGCAGGAUCCCAUGUUUCAAAAAUUAAAAGAACAGUUUACUGCUGAUUUUGAUUUUAAGUCCCCUUGCUCACUUGGUCUUCAUUAUUUAAUUGCCAAAUAAAAAUGGAUAAAGAUUUUGGAGGCAAAGACAAAGUUAUUAUCUAGUUCUUUUCUGCUUGAAGAGCGCUGUCGUUAUCUUAGUGUCUUUUCCAUCGCCACAGCCGAUGUUGAACUUCCAGGAGAAUUUUUAAUGCCCAAAUCGAACAUCCAUAGUUAUUAUUCCAUACGUAUUGCUCAAUUCAUGCCUCGUGUUGGACUGGUACAAAAACAUAACAUGUCUGCUAGAAGAUUGUAUAUCCGAGCUAAUAAUGGCAAAAUUUAUCCAUAUUUGGUCGUUAAUGAUGCAUGUGUCUCUGACUCACGAAGAGAAGAAAGGGUUUUACAGUUGUUAAGAAUUCUUAAUCUUUACUUGGAAAACGCAAGGUAUCGUAUAGAGUCUAGUAGAAGACAUCUCUUAUUCACUGUACCUAGAGUUGUUGCUGUUUCUCCUCAAAUGCGAUUGAUUCAGGAUUCUCCAUCGUCUAUUUCAUUUAAAGAUAUUAUGAAGAAGCAUUAUUCAACACAAGAUAUUGAUGAAGAUACUGCAGUUGCUCUUUAUUAUGAAAAAUUAGCCGCUGUUCAAGCAAAAGGAGAACAAAGUACACAUCAGGUUUUAAGAGACAUUUUAAAGAGGUAAAUUCAAAGUACAAUAGCUCCCGAAGUUAUUUUAAAAGAAUGGGCAGAACGCACUUAUAGACAAGCAAUGGACUACUGGACUUUUAGAAAACAAUUUACAGCUCAACUUGCUUUGCUACAGUUUGCCGAGUUCACUCUUCAUUUGUCAAAACUGUCUCCCGAAAUGUUACAAAUCAUUCGUGAUAAUGGAAGGUUAAACGUCACUUACUAUAAGUUUGAAAUCGACGAAAGCAAAGGUGAACUUGAUGCCAAUCGUCCUGUCCCAUUUCGACUUACUCCGAACAUAAGUGGAUUCAUCUCGCCAGUUGGUAUUGGUGGUGUUCUUACUUCAUCUAUGGUUGCUGCAGCAAGAUGUUUAGUUGAUCCAAAGUUUAGUAUUGAUAGCAUCCUUCGAGCUAUUUUGCGGGACGAAAUACUUUCAUGGCACAAAAAGAAAUACGACAGUCUCAUGCAUUCUAAUGUACAGUCAACAUCAGAACAACUUGACAACGAAGAUUUGAUAAAUUUAGUGAAUAGUGCUGUCGGUUCUGUUAUGACACGUCUCCAAAAUUUGGCAGAAUUUGAUGGCGCAGAAACCAAAGUUAGUACUUUAGUUGGGGCGGCAAUGAGUGCGGAUAAUCUUUGUCGUAUGGAUCCAGCGUGGCAUCCUUGGCUUUGAAUAUUCUUUAACAAUGGAGAUGUCUUAGAAAGUCUUUUAUUUUAUGGAGGGCAAAAAAGAUUCUUAGUACACACGUAAGAAAAUCGUGCGAAUGUGAAAAAAAGAUUUUUAACGAACUGCGACAUUUUAUUUUACGAGUUUGUUUUUUAACAAGACAAUAUUUAUUUAUUUUGCCAUCAAACAUGUCAAACUUCAAUAAUGAGAAUGUAUAAGAUGUGAGGAUAUGCUAUGCAUGUAUGAUAUAUUUAAACGUUUAUACACUAAAAACGACGUGUGUUAUUUGCUCUGUGAAGACUAGAUUGACAUUCAACAUGUCACACAAUAACA